ACGACAACAACGACGAUGAGGCUCUCUAUCCUUAUGGCAACAUUCCAGCUUCUGUAUACAAAGGAAACUGGUCGGUCUCCAGGCUUAAAAGCCAGAUUGCUUUAUUUCUCUUUUGGGAAUACACUCUUCAGCUCAUCUGCCAAGAUGAUGGACAUGUCGGAAUUCGGGGAAGCUGCACCCUUCCUGCGCAAAAGUGAGAAGGAGAUUAUGAUGCUGCAGACUGUAGCCUUUGAUGGGAAGAAGAAAUGCUGGAUUCCAGAUGAAAAGCAGGCUUAUAUUGAAGCAGAGGUGAAAGAGAGUGCUGGUGGCAAAGUCACUGUUGAGACUACAGAUGGGAGGACAGUGACUGUGAAGGAAGACGAUGUUCAGUCUAUGAACCCUCCAAAAUUUGACAUGAUUGAAGAUAUGGCCAUGCUAACCCAUCUCAAUGAGGCCUCUGUGCUACACAAUUUGAACAGACGCUACACUAACUGGAUGAUCUAUACGUACUCAGGUCUUUUCUGUGUGACAAUCAACCCUUACAAAUGGCUCCCUGUCUACAAGACAGAGGUGGUCUCUGCUUACAAGGGUAAAAGACGUUCAGAAGCUCCUCCUCACAUCUUCUCCAUUGCAGAUAAUGCAUACCAUGAUAUGCUACGCAAUCGGGAGAAUCAAUCAAUGUUGAUCACUGGAGAGUCUGGGGCUGGGAAGACCGUGAACACGAAACGGGUCAUUCAGUACUUUGCCACAGUAGCUGCGAUUGGAGAACCUGGGAAAAAGAAUCAACCAGCCACCAAGACUGGGGGAACCUUGGAAGAUCAAAUCAUCCAAGCUAACCCAGCCUUGGAAGCAUUUGGGAAUGCCAAAACCCUGAGAAAUGACAACUCCUCACGCUUUGGUAAGUUUAUCAGAAUCCAUUUUGGAACCACCGGCAAACUGUCAUCUGCUGAUAUUGAAAUCUACCUGCUUGAGAAAUCCAGAGUCAUUUUCCAGCAGCCAGGUGAAAGAGACUAUCACAUCUUCUACCAGAUCUUGUCAGGAAAGAAAUCAGAACUACAAGAUAUGCUGCUGGUGUCAACAAAUCCAUAUGAUUAUCACAUCUGUUCACAAGGUGUGGUUACUGUGGACAAUUUAGAUGAUGGAGAAGAGCUGGUGGCAACAGAUCAAGCCAUGGAUAUUCUGGGCUUUGUUCCAGAUGAAAAAUAUGGUGCCUACAAGCUCACAGGUGCCAUUAUGCACUUUGGAAACAUGAAAUUUAAACAGAGACCCCGGGAGGAGCAGGCAGAAGCUGAUGGCACUGAAAGUGCUGACAAAGCUGCUUACCUGAUGGGCAUUAACUCGUCCGAUAUGCUUAAGGGCUUGGUGCAUCCUAGAGUGAAAGUCGGAAAUGAGUAUGUCACCAAAGGCCAAAGUGUGGAACAGGUUACCUAUGCUGUAGGUGCCUUAUCCAAGGCAGUAUAUGACAGAAUGUUCAAGUGGCUGGUUACUCGUAUCAACAAGACUUUGGACACCAAGCUGCCAAGACAAUUCUUUAUUGGGGUCCUGGACAUUGCUGGCUUUGAGAUAUUUGAUUAUAACAGCUUUGAGCAACUUUGCAUCAAUUACACAAAUGAGAAACUGCAGCAAUUUUUCAAUCACCACAUGUUUGUCUUGGAGCAAGAAGAGUACAAAAAAGAAGGCAUUGAAUGGGUGUUCAUUGACUUUGGACUGGAUCUGCAGGCUUGCAUUGAUCUAAUUGAAAAGCCCUUGGGCAUCCUGUCGAUCCUUGAAGAGGAAUGCAUGUUCCCGAAGGCAACAGACAUGACUUUCAAAGCCAAACUCUAUGACAACCAUCUUGGCAAAUCACCUAAUCUUCAGAAACCCAGGCCUGACAAAAAAAGGAAAUAUGAAGCACAUUUUGAACUCCUGCAUUAUGCUGGAGUGGUACCAUAUAAUAUUGUUGGCUGGCUUGAGAAAAACAAAGAUCCACUCAAUGAAACUGUGGUUGGCAUUUUUCAAAAAUCUUCCAACAAACUUUUGGCAAGCCUGUUUGAAAAUUAUGUCAGUGCUGACAGCGAUCAAAGUGGAGAGAAGAAACGCAAAAAGGGUGCUUCCUUCCAAACGGUGUCAUCAAUGCAUAAAGAAAAUUUAAACAAACUGAUGACUAACUUAAGAUCUACAUCUCCUCACUUUGUACGGUGCAUUAUUCCCAAUGAAACAAAAACUCCAGGUAUGAUGGAUCCAUUCCUUGUCCUUCAUCAGCUUCGCUGUAAUGGUGUCUUGGAAGGAAUUCGUAUUUGUCGCAAGGGUUUUCCAAACAGAGUCAUCUACGCUGACUUCAAGCAAAGGUACCGCAUUCUGAACCCUUCUGCAAUUCCAGAAGACAAGUUUGUGGACAGCAGAAAAGCUGCUGAGAAAUUACUUGGCUCUUUAGAUAUCGAUCAUAAUCAGUACCGCUUUGGACACACAAAGGUUUUCUUUAAGGCUGGCCUUCUAGGACAUCUGGAAGAAAUGCGGGACGAGAGAUUAGCCAAGAUUCUAACACUUAUUCAGGCAAGAGCACGAGGCAAGUUGAUGCGCAUUGAGUUCCAGAAGAUUGUAGAGCGAAGAGAUGCUCUGCUUGUGAUCCAGUGGAAUAUCCGAGCUUUCAUGAUGGUGAAGAAUUGGCCUUGGAUGAAGCUUUUCUUCAAGAUCAAGCCAUUGCUGAAAUCAGCAGAGACGGAAAAAGAAAUGGCCAAUAUGAAAGAAGAGUUCCUAAAAUUAAAGGAAGCCUUGGAGAAAUCAGAAGCCAGGAGAAAGGAACUUGAAGAAAAGCAAGUUUCUCUGGUGCAGGAGAAGAAUGAUCUGCUCCUCCAACUUCAGGCAGAGCAAGAUACCCUGGCAGAUGCAGAAGAACGCUGUGACUUGCUGAUAAAAUCCAAGAUUCAGCUGGAGGCCAAAGUCAAAGAGCUAACUGAACGGGUGGAAGAUGAAGAGGAGAUGAAUUCUGAACUGACAUCCAAGAAGAGAAAGCUAGAAGACGAAUGCUCUGAGCUGAAGAAAGACAUUGAUGACCUUGAAAUAACACUGGCAAAAGUGGAGAAAGAAAAACAUGCCACCGAAAAUAAGGUUAAAAAUCUGACAGAAGAAAUGGCAGCACUUGAUGAGACCAUCAGCAAGCUUACAAAAGAGAAGAAGUCUUUGCAGGAAGCUCACCAGCAGGCCUUGGAUGACUUGCAAGCAGAGGAGGACAAAGUCAACACUCUGAGCAAAGCAAAAGUAAAAUUGGAGCAGCAAGUAGAUGAUCUUGAGGGCUCCCUUGAGCAAGAGAAGAAAGUAAGGAUGGAUUUGGAAAGGGCCAAACGCAAGCUGGAAGGGGACUUGAAGUUGACACAGGAAAGUGUCAUGGAUUUGGAGAACGAUAAACUGCAACUGGAGGAGAAAUUGAAAAAGAAAGAGUUUGAAAUCAAUCAGAUGAACUCAAAGAUUGAGGAUGAGCAGGCCAUUGUGAUGCAGCUCCAGAAGAAGAUAAAAGAGCUUCAGGCCCGCAUUGAGGAGCUGGAAGAGGAGCUGGAAGCAGAAAGAGCUGCCCGGGCAAAAGUGGAAAAGCAAAGAUCAGAUUUGGCUCGAGAGCUAGAAGAGCUGAGCGAGCGGCUAGAAGAAGCCGGAGGUGCCACUGCAGCCCAGCUAGAGAUGAACAAGAAACGAGAGGCUGAGUUUCUGAAAUUGCGACGGGACCUUGAAGAGGCCACUCUGCAUUAUGAGUCGACUGCUGCUACGCUAAGGAAGAAACACGCAGACGGCAUGGCAGAGCUGGGGGAACAAGUGGACAACUUGCAGAGGGUCAAACAGAAACUGGAGAAAGAGAAGAGUGAGCUGAAGCUGGAAGUGGAUGACAUGAACUCCAACAUGGAGCAGCUGGUCAAGGGAAAGGCAAAUGCAGAGAAGCUCUGUCGCACUCUUGAAGACCAUCUCAAUGAGGCAAAAACAAAAGUGGAUGAGAUGACUCGCUUGGUGAAUGAUCUCACUGCCCAAAAGGGGAAGCUGCAAACUGAGAAUGGUGAAUAUGCCAGACAGUUGGAAGAGAAAGAAGUACUCAUAAACCAAUUUUCCCGAGGAAAGUUGUCCUUCACUCAACAAAUAGAGGAACUUAAAAGGCAGCUUGAAGAAGAGACCAAGUCCAAGAAUGCUUUGGCUCAUGCCCUCCAAGCUGCCCGCCAUGACUGUGACCUGUUGCGUGAACAGUAUGAGGAGGAACAAGAGUCGAAGGCCGAGCUGCAGAGGGCCCUCUCCAAGGGGAAUGCUGAAGUGGCACAGUGGAGAACUAAAUAUGAAACGGAUGCAAUCCAAAGAACUGAAGAACUAGAAGAUGCCAAGAAAAAGUUGGCAGCUCGUCUCCAAGAGGCUGAGGAAGCCAUUGAGGCAGCCAACGCCAAAUGCUCUUCCCUGGAGAAGACAAAACAUCGGCUGCAAAAUGAGCUGGAGGACAUGGUGAUUGAUCUGGAAAAAGCCAACUCAGCAGCAGCAGCUCUAGACAAGAAACAGCGUAAUUUUGACAGGAUCAUUGCUGAGUGGAAACAGAAGUAUGAAGAGUCCCAAGCAGAGCUUGAAGGUGCCCAGAAGGAAGCCCGAAGCCUUAGCACAGAGUUGUUUAAGCUGAAGAAUGCAUAUGAAGAGAGCCUGGACAACCUGGAGACCAUCAAAAGGGAAAACAAGAAUCUCCAAGAGGAAAUUGCUGAUCUAACUGACCAAAUUAGUGAAGGAAACAAGAACCUUCAUGAGAUAGAGAAAAUGAAGAAACAGAUUGAACAAGAAAAGUCAGAAGUCCAGCUAGCCUUAGAAGAAGCUGAGGGGGCUCUGGAGCAUGAAGAAAGCAAGACAUUACGUUUUCAACUGGAAAUUUCCCAAAUUAAAGCAGAUUUUGAAAGAAAGUCAGCAGAAAAAGAUGAAGAAAUUGAAAACAUCAGGAGAAACCAGCAACGUACCAUAGACACACUGCAGUCCACCCUGGAUUCUGAAGCUAAAAGUAGGAACGAAGCGAUUCGCUUGAAGAAAAAGAUGGAAGGAGAUCUCAAUGAGAUGGAAAUCCAGCUCAGCCAUGCUAACCGACAUGCUGCUGAGGCAACAAAGACUGCACGUGCCCUUCAGACUGAAAUAAAGGAUCUUCAGGUGCAGCUCGAUGAUUCAACACACCUGAAUGAAGACUUGAAAGAACAGCUGGCAGUGACUGACCGAAGGAAUACUUUGCUCCAGUCUGAGCUGGAUGAAUUGAGAGCUCUUCUGGAUCAGACAGAACGUGCCCGUAAACUGGCAGAGCAAGAGCUGCUCGAAGCCACUGAACGUGUAAACCUCCUGCACACUCAGAAUACCAGCCUGAUCAAUCAGAAGAAGAAGCUGGAAACUGAUAUCACUCAAAUGCAAAAUGAAGUGGAAGAAGCCAUACAGGAGUGCAGGAACGCCGAAGAAAAAGCCAAGAAAGCAAUCACUGAUGCAGCAAUGAUGGCAGAAGAACUCAAAAAAGAGCAAGACACUAGUGCUCACUUGGAGCGAAUGAAAAAAAAUAUGGAACAGACUAUUAAAGAUCUCCAGAAGAGACUGGACGAAGCAGAGCAAAUUGCUCUAAAAGGGGGCAAAAAGCAGAUUCAAAAGCUAGAAUCCAGGGUCCGUGAGCUGGAAAAUGAACUAGAGGCAGAAACCCGCCGUAAUUCAGAAGCUCUGAAAGGAGUUCGCAAAUAUGAGAGACGCAUCAAAGAGCUGACUUACCAGGCUGAGGAGGACAAGAAGAACUUGACAAGAAUGCAGGAGCUGACUGAUAAACUGCAGCUGAAAGUGAAAAGCUAUAAGCACCAGGCAGAGGAAGCUGAAGCUCAAGCCAAUCAAUAUCUUGCAAAGUACAGGAAGCAGCAGCACGAGUUAGAUGAUGCUGAAGAACGAGCUGAAAUAGCAGAAUCCCAGGUCAAUAAGCUCAGGACCAAGUCAAGAGAUAUUGGCAUGAAAAAGGUUCAUGAUGAAGAGUAAACCUGUUGUGCCUCAAAUAGAGGAAACUGGAACAAGGCACCCAUUCAAUGCCGAAGCAGAAGAAAAUAGGCACCUUUAUGAAUAAAGAUCAAAUUAAUACCUAC